GUCACCGUGAGAGUUGUUGACCUUUGAUGGUAAAAGUAUGUCAAGGCAGUUGUGGCUGGAAAAAGCCAGUGUGGCCUAGCUGCAAACUGGCGUCCUCCCGCUGCCCCGCCUCUUCACUGACUGGCAGAUGAGUGAGGUCAUGGCAGCCACCUCUUAUGCUAACCUUAUACUGGAGAGUGUGACACGUGUGCAACACAUGGGUGUGAAUAUUAAAAAAGUGAGUUACACCUCAGAAAUGAGUGGUGAGGAUGGAUCAUCUGGACGAUCCUCUCCCUCGGAGGCACAAGAAGCCACUGAACACCUUGAAAAUGUAACGAUAGAGCGGCAUGUGCCCAGGAUUAACUGCCCAGAACAUAUUAUUCUGGUUGUUGAUGUAUGCAAAGAAGAAGGAAAUACCCCAUAUAAGUUGGCUGACGGAACAAAAUUCUCAGCUCUCUAUAUGGUGAAACGUGCCCUUACCCUCUUCCUUCAGAACAAACACGCCAUAGAUAUAAGACAUAAGUUUGCUUUAGUAGUGCUUCAUGAAUCGCCAAUAUGGCUCCAUGACUUUACAAAUAACCCAAAGGAGAUCAUCUCUGAACUGGAUGACAUAGAUGAUGCUUUAGCUACGAGUCACUGUGACUUGAGUCUUCUGUUUGACCUCAUUGCACAGCAGAUCUCCUUGCCCAGUUGCUCCAAUCCAGCUGUUGCUCCUCCACCUUGUGUAUAUAGAACAAUUCUUUUGUAUGGGAGAUCACAGUGUCUGCCUCAGUUUCUUGAAGGAAAAGGUGUAUUCACACACCUCAUCCAGAGUCCACACUUCUUUUUGGAUGUUUUGUACAUGCAUGAGGCUCCUUGUGAUGACAACAAAUGUGAGGGUAUAUUUGAUAUCUUAUGUGGCUUAGACGAGAGUGGUUGGAGUUAUGUUUUGGAGGUGUCUCGUAAUGCAACCAAGCUCCACAACCACUGUGGUAGUCUCCUGGCACACCCACUACAAAGGCCAACACAGAAGGACCUUCGCUACACUCUCGGAGGUGGCGACUAAUGUUAUAGCACGAAUGGUAAUAUUUUUCACAAUAAGUUUAAACAUGAUGUCUAUUAUGGCACCAAAGAAUUUUUAUAAAAAUGUAUUAUUCCAAACAAAAACUAAAAAAAAUAUAGCUUUGCUUAUCUUUGUUAUAAGAUUUAGUAUUAGAUAUGAUAAGGGUAAACUUUUCCAUUUGGAAGUGGAGCAGAAUUCUUCCUCCAUAAGCCAUGCGUGUCGUAAAAGGUGACUAAAAUGCCGGGAGCAAGGGGCUAGUAACUCCUGUAUACAUUACUAAAAUUAAAAAGAGAAACUUUUGUUUUUCUUUUUUGGGCCACCCUGCUGCCAUGGGAUAUGGCCAGUUUGUUGAAACAAGAAGAAGAAAGGGUAAACUGCAGUUAACAGUAAAAAUUUGAAAGGGUGACAUGUAUUAGAGAAAAGAUUAGUUAAAGAUAAAGAAUGGAGUAAUGAGAUACAUUAAACAAAAUAUUGAGGGGUAACAUUUUGUUUGUUACAUUUAAUUUAAGAUGUACACAUGUAAUUUUGCAAUGUUUUCGAGGUUUAUGGUAAUUAUCUUACAGUGCGUGUCAUUGAAAAAGGAGUAAGUGAUAAGUUAGGUACCCCCCUGGUGAUAAUAAAACACAAGUUUGCUACAACUGUCAUCUCUCUUCACCACAAUAAACAACACAGUACAUAUUUAACAAGACAAGUAACAUGAACAGUAUAAGUCUUUUGACCCUACAAUGCCAGUUUUACUUAAAUGGCUCAGAGUAUUUUAAUAGAAGAUCCUUAUUGUAAGCAAUAAUCAUUAAUACAUAUGGUUCAUUGCUUUUUAUUACAGUCCUUAAUUUAUAUUUCAUAUUAAUCAGAUUUUUCUGUAUCUCCACUGUUGUUUUACUAGCCUUAACAUACAUAUUAGUGAAGACACUUAAUUUACAACUAUAUUCGUUAUGCUACAAUGUUAUAUUAUUCACACUAAUCACUCAGUUGCCAUAUAACAUAUUAUAGUAGAGAAUAUUCUCAUAAACUAUACCAUACAUGUGAAAGUAUAUAGAUAUAUAACAUUUCAUAUGAGUAGACAUAAGACUUCCCUCAUCACAGUAAAUAUACACCAUUCACAUUAAGAGUGCAAGAACAGAACUAAUAAGUGACACAACUGUUUAUUCUGAGCCCAUUGUUUGAAGCAGCAAGGAUGAAACCCAGGUUCAGUACUUGCAAGAUUUUGGCAGCAGAUCUAGAUGGAGAUUAUAUAGUACUGUCCACAUAGAUUUUUCUUCACUUCUUUCAAAGAAAAUAAUACAUAAAUAAGAUUGUAGGAUCCAAGUAAUUGCUGUAAUAAACUCUUAACAAGAUUACCUGAACAGAAUGCCAUUCUAUCCAAUAACAGUCUUUUGUACAGUACGCUUGUUAUGUCUUGCAUGACACUCCAGAACUAUGGGCUCAGGUGUUCAUGCCAGUAUGUUAGCCAGCAGAAUGUUAUCAGUGUGGUGGGCUUGUUUACAAGAGUCAACAGGGGUAAGGCUACAAUACAACUACAUUACAUGACAACUUCUUAAUGAAAACAAGUUUUUACUCUACUCUCUGGCAAGUUUCUAGCUUCAAUGAAUUACAGCUGCUGCUAACAAAUCUGAUAUCAUUAUUUCUUUAAGUAGAGUAGCAUCUUAACAAGGAUACCCUGACUUCACUAUGUAUGUUACAUGAGUUUGUUAACAAGUGUGACAUCAUAACUUUACUACCUUGUAAGAAAACUGCAUUGGGUCAUUAUUACAGUACUCUUAUCAGCAUUAACAAAGACAUUUUUGUAUGUACACUUAUGUAGGUCACUUGAAUCCCAAAACUCAAGUCGUUUACAUUUUUAUACUUAUUUUUUUAUGCUGAUUAAUCUUCUACAUAAAAUUAAAAUAUUAAAAUAUC